GUCCAUGGAUGCAGGGAAACCAAGCAACCAUGAUGUGGGAAGCGUUCUCCAAGCACAACCCAAUGAUUGUGUCCCGCCUGCCUGGCAGGACUCGCACUCAAGCAGCAGUUCGAUGUGUUCGAAAGUCACACUGCCGCCGAGAUCUCCCAAACAACACCUAGAGUCCGCAGACAAGUUGCCCCAGAGGAGCAAAUCAAGAGCAAGAAGUGCAUCGAACAGUGACGGGAAGGGCGGCAAACUGGACGGAGCAAACAGUCCAAGCAGUCCAAGGUAAAUGGUAUGCCAAGGUCUGCCCGUCUCGCCGCAAUUCCAACGUAUUCUCCACCACGCGGUAAGCUUUGGGGCUUCAAUUUGGCAAAGUACGGUGAGAAUUUCAAGGUGGCGGCCAAGGAGUUCUUAGAGGCGCUUGCACCGAGACGCUUGUCUAGCCGUGACGAGGAUGUUGUCCACUUGCGAGAAUUCCAUACGGUGAAGGAUGCGGAGGGCAGCUAUCAAAGCACUUUGCACUUAACUGACAAGGGACGUCUCCUCCAUCCCUACCUUUGGGAUAAAACGGAUUUCGAAGGAGAGAAGCGUGCAUCCAAGAAAGAAGCAGACGACUCCGCAGCCAAAGUGUUUUGGGACGAUCCCCAUGUAUUGGACAUAGCUAGAAAGCUGAGACCUUCAAAGAAGGCUCAGAGAAUCGACCGCAACAGGAUUCUGAAAAAUCUAAAGAACAGUGCCAAGCGCCAAGCGAAGCGGUUGGCGCAAAGAGCGGCAGUUCAGACCUAGAAAA